AAAAAUUUCGGAUUUUUUUUACUUUUCAUUUUAUUUUGACUCACUACUACUAUUUAUUGCAGUCAAGAAAACAGCAACUACUAUUACGAGCAAAAUCAGUCUCAAUGUCGGCAUUUGCUUUUAUUAAUGCAACCAACAAGAGCAAAAGACCAUCAUUGUCAAUUUCUUCUACUUCACUUUCUCCUCAACAUCAUCAACAGCAACAACAAAACUUAUCAGCAUCAUUAGCUGAUGACUUUUUCAGUGAUCAGUUCGCAAGCUUUGUCAACCAAUCGUCGUCUUCACUGCCGCCGUCGUCACCUUCAUCAUUACGAGACCGCUAUAGUAGCAACGGCAGCAGUCAUCGUCGUCGUAAUGAGGCAGGAAUGAGCUCAGCCUAUGGCCACCACGAAAUUAAAAGCGCAAAUAUUACCUCGCCAAGCUCCACGUCUUCAACGUCGUUCAUAGCGGCACCACUUAAAAAGUCGGCAUUUUCGUUUAUUGGAGCCUCUUCACAAAACUAUGACAAAAAUCAAGAAGAUACCACUAGUGCAACAAGUACUCCAAGGCCACAAAGUCCAAUGCAAUCUUCUUUUACGAGGAAGAUCAACAACAAUAAUAACAAUAACGCAAGGAACAGAAAUGAUAAUAACGCUGAACGACCGAAAAAGCAGCUACAAUCCAGUGAGAUCAAUCAACUAUCUGCAGAGACCACAUGGAGGCGACUUCAAGCUGAGAAAGAACGUGAGAAAGACAAGAUUCAACGCUGUUAUAACAAGCGUGUAUUGAUUCACGAGCAAAUAAUACAACUCCAGAAAGAGAUCCAGGACCUAAAAGCCAAAGCAAUAGAAGCAUUGGAUGCAGAAGAUUAUCUACAAUCUCAAGCUUUCCAAACACAACAAUUAAAAUUAACCGACAAGUUAUGGGAUAUCUUUAACAACACAGAAAACCAAGUUGAACAACAAAUCCAUGCUUGUUGGAAAACGCUGGCAGAUAUAUUGGCAAAAGAGACUGAAGCAGCUAAAAAACUCGCUGAUGCGUGCAAGUUUACCAAGGAUGAACGAGAACGACAAUUCCUCAAAUACCAUAUCGAUAACGAGCGUAAAUAUGAAGAAAAACUGCAACAAAUUAAUCAACAACGAGGAAAAAUUGAUGAAGAGAAAAGUGAAAUAGCCUUUGAUAUGGAAAUGUGGGAACAGUCUAAUACUGAGUUCAAGAACAAGAUGGAUGAACUGGUUUGCAAAGAAAGAUCCAAAAAGAACGCGCUGACGCGAAAAAUGCGGACCGUGCAAAACGAAAUUGAUGAAUUGAUGGCACGGCUGGGUGAACUGCAACAAGAGCGUGAUGGAUAUGAGGCCGAGAUCCAUCAGCUCGAUAUUGUGAUCCAUGAAACAACGGGCCAGUAUGGACCGGAGAAAAAAGGGCUCGAAGACGACUAUCUAGCUGUACACAGGCGUAAGCAGGCCGCUGAAAAGAAAUCCGCUCAACUAGAUCGAGAGGAUGAAAUGCUCUAUCGCGAAAUGGAACGCCAUUCGAAAGACAACGAAAAAGAAAAAAGCGAAUUAGAAGCUCUGGAAAAGCAGAUCAUCGUGGCAACAGAGAAGCUUGAGCAAGGGCAAGAGGAAUAUGAUGCAGUUCUUACGACCUUCCACGAGUAUGUGCAGUCAAGGGAUGAACUCGUUUUAGACAACAAGCAGGCCAUGGUCCGGGCACAUCAAGGUGUAACAGCACGAAUCGUAUCGAUCGAAGCAAAACGGCGAGAAGCCUACGCUGCCCAAUGUCGUCUAGAAGAACAAGAAGGAGCCAUCCAUCAACUCAAGGCACAGCUCGGCAGUUUAAAACGACAGAAAAAGCUAGCAGUAGGAACAGGCCAAUUGCAACUAGCAGCCGAAGCAGCUGCCCAAGCCAAAUCGAUAGAAGCCACAUUGGUUGACUCGGAGGCCAUCCGAGUGGAUCGGCAAAGUACAGUCGAUGAGUGUCUAGCCCAAUUACGCGAGGGAGAGUAUCAGAUGGAAACAUUAAAGAAGGAGUGCAGUGAUAUACAGCAAAAAUCAGGCACGGAGAUGAUUACGAUUUUCCAGAAAUCCAAGGAGUCAAUGAUUAAGCUAAAGCAACAAACGCUUCACCCACAACUGCAACUAUUGGUAGACCUGGAGCUAGCGAAUCUUUCUGCAAGAAUCUUGUCAGCAAAAUGUCGAUUGGAUAAUGGCGACGUUAACAGCAGUAGUGAUGGUGAUAGUGACGACAAAGUGGACAUUAACUUGGUAUCGAUCGACGACGAUCCUCCUGCUUUUUUUUCUCCUUCUUCCUUAUGAACUUUCCCAUCUUAUAGGGUAUAUACCACAUUGUAAGAGGCAGCACCAGCAUCAUCACACACACCCCCGUCUACACUGCAAUACACUCCUGAGAUAAAGAUUGAAAAAAGACGACAGUGCGGCGGUUAAUACUAAGUAAAUUUAAGGAGGGAUGUUUAGAUAAUUCCCUGUUUCCCUCUUUUUCUCUUUCUAAUAACGUAAUGCGCGUAAUAUUCAACCCUUCCUCCCCCAACAUGCUGCUGCUAUAUACACCCCCUUCUAUUGUCUGAAACAUCCCUGCAUUAUAAAAGACACAUAUACAUACAAUACAACCACACUAAACGCACACGUUUUGUAAAAAAACGCUC